AUGGCAGCUUUUUUUCUGGUUUUGCAUUCUGGGUUGAUUCAUGAGAAGCCAAAGAAAUUCCAGUAUUCCUCUAAAAAGGUUUUCUCUAUUGGCUAUGAAAAGAGUGUCUUUAGUUCAUUAAUGCCACCCCCUCAAAUGAGGCCGUGCCAUCACUGUGGUCUGUCUGGAUCUUUCAGAUGUUCACAGUGCAAGCAAGUCUACUAUUGCUCUGCAGAUUGUCAAAAGAAAGACUGGCCAGCACAUAGUGUUGUAUGUGAGCCAAUUAAACAGACUGUAAGUAAUAACAAUGGAGGCAAGUUACCUGCUAAAACUGAGAAGGGACUUCAUCUUAAGGCAGAAGAGCACAUCAAGAAAAUAAUGCUUUCGGAUCUGCAGAUUCCAGGGAUCAAAAAAGCUAUGGAAGUACAGGGUACAGUAACAGAGUUCAAGAGUCCAAGAGAAUUUUAUAUACAGAUGAGUUCUCCAGAAGUUUUAGACCAGAUCAGUAAACUUUCUGUGAAACUGCAAGACUGUUAUGCUAACACAAUUAUUCAAGAGGAAUAUAAUGCUGUCAAAGGGGAAGUCUGCAUUGCAAGGUGUUCUUUGGAUCAGACCUGGAAUAGAGCACUGGUAAAAGAUGUGGAUGUAUUGCAAAAGAAAGCACAAGUAUUCUAUCUAGAUUAUGGAAAUGAAGAAAAUAUUCCUCUCUCUUGGAUUAAAGCUCUGCACAGAGACAUUGAACUGUUUCCUCCAUGUGCCAUUAAAUGUUCUUUUGCUCAUUAUGAUCCAAAACAAAAAGGAUGGAAUGAACGCAUCUCCAGCUUUUCUUCCCAGCUUAUGGGAAAGCACUGCUCAGUAACUAUUGUUGACAUAUUACAGGAAGAAAUGAUGUUGAGUUUUGCUGUAGAUGUUGUUCUUCCAGAUUUUGGAGACUGCCUCUGUAAAGUACCUGUUGAAAUGAAGUCUGAUUUCACUCCAAGAAUUAAUGCCAAAGGAGCAGACUCUCCAAGAGUGACAGAAACCCAUUCUAAGGGAAGUAAAGAAGAAAUACCUGCAGAUGAAGGAUGUCUUCACUUUGCUAAUUCUGUCACAGAGUGUAUCUCUGUAUGUGUUGGAGAUGCAUUUUCUGGUGUGGUUUCCUACAUUCAAAAUCCAGAAAACUUCUUCUGUCAGCAGAUGCACAGUGCCCGUCAACUUGCUGAGCUUCAAGUGGCUCUUAAUGAGCAUUGUGACAAAUUUCCCAGUAGUCCGGCUUUCCGUCCUGCUGCUGGAAAUGUGUGCUGUGCCCAGUUCAAAGAAGACAAUCUCUGGUAUCGUGCUGCUGUUCUAGCAUACGCUUCUGAAGAUACUGUUUUUGUGGCCUAUAUAGAUUAUGGUAAUUCAGAAGUUCUUCGGCUGUCUAGACUUCGUCCUAUGAUUCCAAGAUUAGUGGACUUGCCAGCUCAAGCCAUAAGAUGCACUUUGGCAGGUGUAAAGCCACCACUGGGAGUCUGGACCUCAGAAGCCAUUUCUGCUAUGAAACAACUGGUGAAUGACAAAGUGCUCACAAUAAAAGUAGUGGACAAAGACAGUUACAGGUCUGUGGUGGAGCUGGUAGAUGCAUCAGUUACUCCAGGAAUAAAUGUAAUGAAACAUCUCAUAGAGAGAGGCUGUGCAGCUGAGGAAUCAAGGCUGGCCUCACCAGCAGCUGGAGGAAGGGAUGUUAAGCAAGCAAAUGAAGCCUCAUGUGGGCGCUGGAAGCCAGUAGAGCUGGCGAUAGGUGAAAGCCUGUCUGUCUGUGUAACAGAAGUUGACAGCCCAGACUUGUUCUAUGCUGUACCAGUUCAAACUAAAGAUGAAGGGAAGCUGUAUAGGCAAUCGAUGGAACUAGAAGACUAUUGUAAAUCUUGCAGGAACCAGCCAUUCACACCGCAGCCGGGUGAGGCCUGUUGUGCCAGGUUUUCAGGUGAUGGCUGUUGGUACAGAGCUGUUGUUCUAAAAGCUGCUCAGUUUGCAGUGAAAGUGCUAUAUGCAGACUAUGGGAACACAGAGACUUUGCCACUUUCAAAGGUGCUGCCAAUCCCUGAGUCCUACUUAAAGAUGCCUUUUCAGACAAUAACGUGUUCACUUGCAGGAAUAGAGAAAGCUGAGUGGUCUCCGUUACUACUUGACAAGUUGAAAGAAAUGUUGUUGAAUAAAUAUGUCAAAAUUACAGUGGAAGGCAUUAAUGGAAAUGUUUAUGUAGUAAUGGUAGAGAAAUCUUCUGGAAGCAGCUGUCUGAAUGUAGCUGACCAGCUGGUCCUGGAAGGUUUGGUCAGAUCCUGUCGUGCUGAGAAGUUAUGUAUUGAACAUCAAGGUUUGUACGUUCACUUAAUUGCUUCAGAUAACUUCAUUUGA